GAAGCGAAGCGAGUGCAGCUGCGAGUUCGUCGCCGCAGUGUUUGGCAGUCCUUCGUAUGGACAUCACGUUCGACUCGAACGACCGAUAUACAUAGAUCGUAGAUCGUUCGAACGCGUAUCUGAUUAUCGAAGAAUAAUAAUACAAAUAGUGGUUCGUAGUUCGUUUAAGUGGACUAUUACGUAGAUGUUUUCAACGGGUAUCGUCAAGGCGACGACGUUUCUCCGUUGUUACGUCGUCGUUGUAAUUGUCGUCGCCGUCUUCGCCGGAAACGUCGAGAGUGGAUAGAAACGGAUGAGCGUCGAGAUGUGAAGUCGCCGUCGUUGGAAGCGAUGUGGCUUCCAUUCAUAUUGCUCGCCUUGAUGGCGAGCGGUUCCGCCUGUCCCGAUCUCUGCGUCUGUCAACAAGGUGUCAUCGUCGACAGGGAUUCGCCGCUCUUCGCGGAUGUUACGUGUCGCGGUCGCGUGCCGGAAUUAUCCGAGGUACCCGAUAACACAAGGAGAUUGUCCGUCGAGGAAGCGGAAGAACACGAGGUAACAAGUUUUUUGACCGAGCUCGAAGCAUCGACCGAUCUCGAGUCAAAUACGACGUCCCCGACGACGAACGAAAGCCGAAGCGCCACUAUCGAGACGACGCUUCCCUAUUUGGACGAAUUGACAAUGACGAACUGUUCGUUGACGUCCUUGAACGUCUCGUGGCAUGGUUUCGAAAGGUUACGAUUGUUGAAUCUAUCGUACAACGAGGUAACGCACUUGAGUGACGCGCGAGUGUCGAGCCUCAUCGGUUUGACGUGUCUCGAUCUGUCGAAUAAUUUCCUGAAGGACGUGAACGUCGGCGUUUUUAGGACGCUGAGUGAACUGGCGCGCUUGCAUUUACGACGCAACGAGAUCGCGAUGGUGCACGAGGACGCGUUUCGCGGCUUGGAUCGUCUCGAGUUUCUUGAUUUGUCGGAUAAUAGGCUGGCAGACUUACCGGACAGCGCAUUGACGCCUCUUUAUUCUCUUCAAAAGUUAGAUCUCAGCGGUAACCAGCUUCAAGUGCUCGGCGCGAGAUGGUUCGAGAGUCUCGAUAAACUUCGAGAACUCGAUGUUUCAAGGAACGGCUUGGCGAAGGCCGCUUCGGGGACUCUUCAACCUUUACCAGGGCUAUCGGUUCUAAGAUUAGCGGAGAAUCCUCUGGAGGAGAAAGACGUUUCUUUGUUGCUCGGCACCGGAAGGAGAUUAGAAACGGUGGACGCAUCCCGUACAGGUCUUGCAAGAGUCCCGGCAGCCCUCACCAGAUCCGUUCGAGCGUUACGUCUCGCCGGCAAUAAGUUGACCACCAUCAGAGGCGGUGAUCUCGACAGUUAUCCUCUCUUACGAAUGUUGGACAUUUCCGAUAAUCGUCUUACCGAAAUCGAGGACGACGCUUUAGGACGGUUGGAAGUGCUCGAGGAACUCGACGUCUCUGGAAAUCUUUUGACCAAAACUCCCGGAAGUCUUCCCAGUAGUUUAACCGUUCUGAACCUUCGGCGAAAUGGCAUAACCAUUUUGAAAGUAAACGAUUUUCAGGAACUUCGUAAUUUGAGAUCUCUCAUGUUAAACAACAAUGAUAUCGGGCAAAUCGAAGUUGGGUCAUUCAGUCAACUAUUCGCGCUGAAGGAACUCGAUUUGUCCGAUAAUCCUAUCAAGGCAUUAACCGUUAAUGCUCUGAGUGGACCGAGUAAUCUUGCCAAGCUUCGUAUGUCUGGAUUAACGUCACUUCAGGAGAAAUCCCAACAACAAGGUGACAUGGCGUUUCCUGUACAGACACCGGAACGGCUUAUUGUUCUCGACGUUCAACGAAGUCCCGUUCUGGCGAGACAGUUAUUGACGGACGAUGCUGCUCUCUCCGCUUGCAAAAGUCUCCUCGAAUUAAACCUUUCCCAGACAAAUCUCACAGCCCUUAGAUCGGACUUGCCGUAUUUGCUCCCGCAACUACGCGUUUUACGACUCAUUGGAAACGAUUGGAGUUGCACCGAGGAUCUCUAUUGGCUAGGACAAUGGUUAAGAGAGCACAAAGAGCAAACGCAUAAUCUCGAACUCUCUCAAUGCGCAACUCCCGAGGAAUUAUUGGGAACUUAUUUACGCGAUCUACCAUCGCCACCUGUAACACUUUCGACGAUAAUAUCGACCGUUAAAUCGAUCCCAUCGAUCACAUCACUCGAAAUCGAUCGAUCUUUGAAUGAAACGCUCGGAUCGUUUACAUCUUCCUCCAAUGACAUUAUCAAUGAACUCACGAAUUUCACCGAAUCGACCCUUGAAACGAACGAAGAGUUUACUAAUUAUUCGAGCUUAGGAAAAACGACGACUGGCGAAGUUUCCAAUUCUAUGAACGAAAUGGACGGCAUAUCUGUGGAAAAUUCAACGAUAAGAACGACGAACGUGCCCCGCGUUUACGAGGCACCGACUUCCUUUAGAAAUAUAACUUCCCCGACGUUGAAAGGAACGGAUUUAAGAAGAAAGGAGGCAAACGUUCAAAAUUUACGGCGCAAAGUCAAAGGGAAGCUGAUGAUCGAUAUGAAAACGGAUGAGAAAGGUGCAUCCUCUCCUAUCAGUGUCAACGUCUCGGCAAAAGGAAAAACGGAGAAGAGCGAUAAGUUGAAAAAGUUUUUAAUGAAUGGCAGUGGUAAAGAAUUAUCUCCUUCGUUGAAGACAUCCAAGUUUUUGAAUGAAUUUUCUCGAAAUGAGGAAAAGACGACGAUGUCGGAUAAGUACCUGACGAGAGAGAACAACCUAACGAAAGAAAAAUAUGUAUUGACUAAUGGUAUCGUAUCGAAUACGAUAGCCGAGGAACUGAAUGGUCGUGCGACCGAUUCUGGUACUCGAUUGUCCGAACAAUUAUCUGGCGCACAUCCCGGAAUGUUGGUUCUCGUUGGAGCAGCCUUAGGUGCGGCUGCAGCUUUGAUGGUCGUUUUGUCCAGACGUGCUACUGUACGUCGAAGAGACAGAUACCAUCGUCACGAGAACAUCGAAGUUCAUACGUUAACAGCUAGCACGGAACUUUGGUGACCAGAAUCGGAGUGCGCCAGGCUCUUUGAAAGAGACAGGCGACUCGAGGAACAACAAGAGAGGACGCGAGAAUCGAUACUCGAAAGAUCGAGGAAAGUUAUUCUCGCCGAAUACCUCAGGAAGAUUCUCAAAUAAUUUCAUACAUGCCUCGGUAUCGAUAUCGUGAAACUCGAACGAUUUAUAAACUUUAAUAUUCGUCGUCUCUCAAAGAACAAGGAUAACUUGGUGUUUCAUUACUAGCUCUGUUUUCAAAAACGUACAAGAUUUUCGAUCGAACGAAUCUAGGACCUAUUUGGGCGAACACUUCUUGUUCAAUCCUUUUUGCGAUCCCUACGCGAUACUAAAAAAAGUCGAAACGUUUUACGGCGAGCAAGGAAGGACAAUGUAUCAAGGAUACAACUUUGAGAGAACGCUCGAACCGAUAUUAACAGUGAAAAGCCUCGACGGUUUCAGGCUUAACUCAUCGAUACUCGAUAAUCCUGAUAACCGAUUCAUAGAUACUCGAACGACAUAGAAGGAUAUAGUUCGUACGAGUUACAUAUGUCGAGAACAAGUAGAAUAUUAAUUGUCUAUGCACAUUUUACGGAAGAAGUCGUAAAAAAGUGAAAAAAAGAGAGAGAGAGAGAGAGAGAGAGAGAGAGAGAGAAUAAAAGAGAACGAGCUGCGUAUACUGUACGUGUAUGCGCACGCGUGUAAAACAAUAUACACCGAACACUUACGUCCUGUCUCGUUUCUCAACGAGAAACUACGAUGACGUUCGUGACGGCGCGACGCUGAAAACCGAACGCGUCAAGCGACAGAGAAAGUGACAAUAAUCAUAUGACGAAGGGAGUGUGUCGCUCGGGUUACAAGCUCGACUUCCUUUGUGGUGCACCGAGGAAAAUGGACUCCUUGUGAGAACGCAAGUGAGUGCAAAAGAGGAAAAAAACAAAAAAAGAAAAAAAAAAGAAAAGUAAAAAAAAAACAAAAAAGAAAAGAAAAAGAAGGCAAUAAGGUUCGAAGCGCGAAAUAGAGAGUGAUAGGCGUGGUAGUUUGAAGAUGGACGGUGAUGGCGGUCAACAAAAAAGAAAACUACGGUGGCGAAAUGUGCUUCGUAUAAUGGAACGAGGGCGAGUGCUUAGAAAAAGAAAGAGAGAGAGAGAAAGAGAGAGAGAGAGAGAGAGAGAGAGAGAGAGAGAAAGGGAGGGAGAGAGAGAGAGUUGCUCGAAAGAACUUUUAUCGAGCGCUGCAUGAACGGAGUCGAGAGUGUGCGUGUUUGUGUGUGUAUGUGUGUGUGUGUGUGUGAGGGAGAGAGAGAUAGAGAGAAAUAGAGAUGGGGGGGGGGGGGGGGAGAGAAGGAGAGAAAGAUAGAAAAGAGUAUACUUGUGUGUUUGACUAUAAAUACUUAUGUAGGAAUGCGAGAGAGCAUGAGAGAGGGUAAGAAAGAGAAAGAGAGAGUGAGCUUAAAUACGAAACCAUUAUCGACGGUGACAGCAUCGAGUGUACUGAAAUCUUGCUUUCGAACUUAAUUCUGGAGGUUUGGCAAGUCGCCAAAAUACUUUAACAAACAAACAAACAAACAAAGAAACAAAGAAACAAACAAACAAACAAACAAACGAACUAACAAAAAAGAGCAGAAAAAGGGCAGAUAAGAAAUAACGAAGAGGCUAGACAUUAUCUUUCUUAAAUAACCAGUGUCAAAGUACGACUAUGAUGAUAAUAAACGGAUGUACAAAGAUG